AUGUCUUUAUCAAUGAAAGGUGAUUCAAUUAGCGCAUCAAAAUUCUUGAAGAUUUAUGAAGCAUUAAGCAAAGUAGGAAAUCAAGAUAGACCUUCGACCAAGAGAGCGACAAGCUACACACCAUACUUCGAUAAAAACAUUCAAGAACUGAGGUAUCCUAUUCCAUUGACGAUUUUCAAUAAGGAUUGGCAAAAUAAAGCUAUGACUUAUCACGUAAAGAAAAGAACUAAAUCGACAGAUGGUGAAUCAAAAACAGAUACUUAUAAUGGCUUACCUUAUGCAGAUGAGUGGUUACUCGAUUAUGGAGAAUGGUGCAUUCACUUCAAUGGUUUCGUGAAUGCUUUGAAAGGUGCAAAAUUCAACAAAUUCGUGGAAUGGACUUUAGCUCAUAAAGCGAAUGUAGAAAAAGUUAUGAAUGUAAUGGGUUGGAUGACAGCCUUGAAGUAUGAUAUGAGAGUAAGAGAAGAAGCAUUGAUAAAUAGAGUAGAAGUUGAUGGCAAAGUCGCUCCACCUGACAUAUCAGAAUAUAAUCUAUUUCUAGCAGAAGAAUGUUUUGGUGAAUCUGGAAUGAGAGAAGAAUUAUUGUUCAAGAAAAAUCCUUACGUAGAAGGAGGAGAACGCUAUGGAUGGGAUCCAGCGACAGGUAAACCUCCAAAGAAAGGAAACAAGAAAACAAGUUUUGGUCAAGAAAAGUCGUAUCAAAAGUGGAACAACAAUCCAACUGUAAGUGGAUCAGGUGGUGCAGCAAUAGGAGCAGAUAAGAAAACGAAUGAGAAGAAGAAAUUCAAACCUGGAUAUCAAGGAAUGCAUUUUGACCCACAAUAUGCGGAGAAGAAGGCAGCAGCAAAGAGUAAUCAAACCGCAAAAGCAUGUUUUGCAUUGCAAAUGUUAAUUAGUAAAUCUCUAUUUCUACCUGUGUAA